UUAUAUUUUGUUUGUUAAACCUAAAGUUGUAACUAUUAAUUCAAGUAUUCCAUCAAAUUAUUAUGACCUCUACUCAAAUUAAACCUUCUAAUCUAUCCGGGCCUGCUGGUGGUCACGGUUGGCCUCGCCGUGGUGGUGGAGGACCUGCAGCUCAGACUCCGACUCAGUUCAACGAUGCAAAGUUUCCCUUACCGGUCUUAACAAUAAACAGACCCAUCAAUUUGUAUCCACUAACAAAUUACACAUUUGGAACCAAGGAACCAUUAUUUGAGAAAGAUCCAUCCGUCCCCGCUCGUUUCCAAAGGAUGCGAGAAGAGUUUGAGAAGAUUGGCAUGAGACGAAGUGUAGAAGGUGUUCUUCUGGUCCAUGAACAUGGUCUACCACAUGUCUUGCUUCUGCAGUUGGGGACGACAUUCUUUAAACUCCCUGGAGGUGAACUUAACCCUGGAGAAGAUGAAGUUGAAGGUUUAAAGAGACUUCUAACAGAGACUUUGGGAAGGCAAGAUGGUGUGAAACAAGAUUGGACUGUGGAGGACACGAUAGGCAACUGGUGGAGACCAAACUUUGAACCUCCGCAGUACCCUUACGUCCCUCCACAUAUCACCAAGCCUAAGGAGCACAAACGUCUGUUCCUAGUGCAGCUUGCGGAGAAAGCUCUCUUCGCUGUUCCCAAAAACUACAAGCUUGUGGCUGCCCCGUUGUUUGAGCUUUACGACAACGCACAAGGUUAUGGACCCAUCAUCUCAUCCCUUCCUCAAGCUCUGUGCAGAUUUAAUUUCAUCUACAUGUAAAGACUUCUGUGAAAAUUGUGAAGACUACUGUGGUUCCAGUUAGCAGUAAUCAACUUAUCUGUGAAAGUGUUUAUUUUUUAUUCACUGUUUUUUAAUUUUAUCUGGUUAUUAUGAUACAGUAAAAGUAUUUCUCUUCUUAAGAGUAAAGAAUUAUUUAUAUAAUUCUUGUAUGUAAAAACCAAUUCAGUCAUUUGUAGUGUGACACAUGUAUAUAUAGAUUUAGGAAUAAGUAGGUAAAUAUUAAAGACUUUUUUAAUGAUUGUGUGGUAACAA